AUGAGAGUUGUCGCCCUAGGUAUGGGUGUUAAGGGAGAAUCCAGCAAUCAUCGAGCUAAAGCAGUUGCAACUGAUGAGCAAAUGCGUCUAGCAAGGCUCACUCUAGAAGGGAACUCUGCCGAAGAAGAUCCUGCCAAUAUUCAAAGAUUGAUAAAAAGGGUCAUUGAAACCACGAGGUGCACACAAGCUCGAGCCGAACUUGCUUUGUAUGAUAACGAUAACGAUCUCGCUGCUGCUAUUGAUUACAUUUUGGAACAUGGGUCUGAGAUAGAAUCAUGGACUGAGCAAAAGAGCAAAAAGGACAAGAAGAAAGAGGAAGAGGACAAACGACCAGCACGCGGACAGUCAUCUGCACGUGGUAGAGGUGGAUUCGGAGAUCGUGGAGGUCGUGGUCGUGGACGUGGUGAAGCAACGGUGUCGCGUGGAGCAUCUCGUGGAUCAUCAAUGAGUGGUCGAGGACGAGGUGGUCCGAUAAAUUCGGGAAACAGCCGUUUGAUCCAAUCGAAACCCCAGAAUGAUGAGUCAGGCAUGAAAACGACCGAUACUGAUUCUGUGGAUGAAGGCAGUGACUGGAAAGGUGGUCCAAUGGUAUUUCAUCGAUCGGAGGAUCCUGCAACUUCUUCUUUGCCCAACUCGAAUGCUUCUGUAACUAUGUCUCAACCGUCGAAUACACCCCCUGCUCCGAUCUCCUUUGCUGCAGUAGCAGCGGCCGCCGCGAAAAAAGAUGCGAAACGACAACAACCCCCUUCGACAAACUCUGUCUCCGCGACAGAAGCGCCUACCCCAGCAUCUACAGAAUUCCAUCAUGAAGAACCAGUUACGAGCGCCAGUCCAGCCACUGUUGAUCAGGCAGCACCGAAAGACGCUUUUUACAGUGAACCAUCGGUUGCGCAUCCUAUCAAUCAAGACGACAGGGAGGUCCCUGGCGUUCCUUCAACGUCAGAUGCAGAUGAUGGAGAAGUCUUGCCGACGACACCUACGCUUUCCCCAGCAAUUCAGGCAAAUUGGACGAGCCAAUUAAAGAACGAUCUCGGUAUUGGCAUAUCUAGCUCCCCCCGCCAACAACAAUUCACUUCAGUGCAGUCCCUUGCUUCCGCUCCUGCUGGUGUUGAAUUCGUGACUGCAACGGUUCCACCUGGGCUUUCGGAUUACCAUUUUGGAUUUGUGGAUGCGCCACAAAGCAACGAAAUUCCUACAUCUGCCGCUUCAGUUGCAAACCAAUCAAAUGACGUCUUAUUUGCAUCCGCUCGUUCGACUGCAACUACAACCGGUGCUGCAGUACCACCGAAGGUCACAGAAGCUGAGCGCGCUCCCUUGAACGGCGACUUCUCUCUCAAGGCUUCUCCUCCGAUAUCGCAUUCGUACGGUCAACAACAACAGCAACACAAUACCAGAUCUUUAUCGUACGCGGAUCCAUCAUCUGUAUCAUACGCCCCGACGACACAGUCCGACCGCGGUGUGAGCGCAGGAAGUAAACCUCCGGCCCCAAUUCCUCAUCCUCCGCAGCAGUCCGCCCAUCAAGCACCACAACAGAUUUUCCCUACGCAGAUGCCCUACGGUUCGUAUCCUUACAUGAAUAUGAACAUGUACAGCCCAGUAACUGGUGUACGUGCUGAGGAUCAGUAUGCCGCCCUUUACGCUGCGAGCAUGCCUUUUGGGAUGGGUGUGGACUUGUCUGCAAUUCUUCCACCAACAACACCGAUGUCGCAAGCUGGAGCUAGUCAACAACAUCCUGGUUCGACACAACAUCGAUCUGAUACUCAUAAUCUGGUUGACAUGAACAAGUUCGCUUCUGGAAAUACAAGGGAUGGCAGUGGACAACAACCAUCCAACGUCGCGCCUCCUCCAGGAUUUGCCAACCCGUCGUUCAUGCCGCAACCGGGACUAUCCUCUCUGUUUCUACAACAACAAUUUCCUCCACAUCCGUAUUCGUUUAUGAUGCCAAAUGUGGGGUCGGGACGUCAGAUGUAUCCACAAGAAGAUGAUCGCAAGUCUUAUGAUAAAAUGGGAGGUGCUAAGCAAGCACAAGCAACUCCUCCGCAACAUUAUCACAACGGUGGAUAUCUCAAUAGCGGCCUCAAUAAGAAGCCGUAUAAUUGGAACUCUUAA